AUGAGGCGAAGCCCAGGAAGGGGGGCCGCAGGCCUCGCCCAUUGGACCAGUGGUCCACGCGUGGGUGCACCCGGGCAGCGCGGGGGCGCUGCUACUGGCACAGCGGAUGCAGCAGCGGCAGUAGCUGCUGUCAAAGUCAACUCUGUUCAAAGUGCAGUGAGAAAGAAGAACUCCACAUGUACCGAUAGCUGCUGCCAUUCGACUUGGGCGAAAAAACUUUUCUCAGCUCCCCCAAACCCUUCUGGGGGCUGCAGGCAGUGCUGGUGCUGCUUCUGGAGGCUGUGUAUGUUUUACAGCGAAGUGCCUGCGGGCCUUUUGCUGGGCCACCGGGUGCUGCUGUCUGUACAGGUGAGACGCUUUAAAAACUUUCAAGUCAGUGCGGAGCCGCUGAUGAAGUUUUACGAGGAAUAUAAAUCCCUGCUGGUCUUCCAGAUUGCCUGCACUAGCCUCAAAGAGGCCGCCAGGGCCGAGGCGCUCUUUCAGCACCCGCUGGAGCGGGGCUGCCGUCAAAAACUCCAGGCCCAACCCAUGGGCUUGCCAGCUGGCCACUGGGCUCUUAAGAGAGGCCACCCCCUUUUCUCAGUAUUUCUUGGGCAUGCCGCUUAG